AUGGUGUCACAAACGUUGUUGGAGACACCGCGCCAUCCUGGGCGGAGCGAGCGUGGCUCCGAAAGCGAUAGCUCGUUGGACGAGAUCGCGCAAGAGAAGCACAAGCUGAUGGUGACCGGCUUCGCUCUGGGAAAGCAUGCAAAGGUUCUCGACAAGUCCGCGUCACCGAAGCGGUGGAAGUCUUUCUGGACGUCAUUCCGCUACCUGGCCAACCUGACACCUAAAGAAGUAGAUGACUUCAUGGCAUCAUACGUCAUCUACAACCUCGACUGGUCCAAUGAGCAGCAGAUGCAAAAGGAACUGGGCCCUGACUAUCAAGAGAUUGUGGGAGACUGUCUUAAAUCUUACUAUGGGGUGUUGAAUCACCUCUGUGCUCUGGGUGAUGUUGAGAAAAUGUACAUCCCGCCAUGGAUGAGCCGUAAGGCCACCGUUCUGGAGAACCAAAUUCUGUACGAGCGAUCAAUUGCGCAUGACGUCGCCUUGACCGCCGGAGAUAAGGUGCUAGAUCUGGGUUGUGGCCGUGGUCGGGUGGCCGCUCACAUGGCGCAGUAUACCGGAGCGCAUGUCACCGGCCUCAACAUCGACCCCAACCAAGUCGCCCAGGCCAAGACCUUCAACGAAGAGCGCGGUCUGCAGAACAAUUUUAUCACCCAAGAUUUCAACCGUCUGCCGCUACCCUUUGCCGACGAGAGCUUCAAUGCCUUCUACCAGAUCCAAGCCCUAAGUCUAUGCAAGGAUAUCCCUGCACUCUUCCGCGAGGUCUUCCGAGUAGUCAAGCCCGGUGCGCGCAUCUCACUGCUCGACUGGAUCAGCCUGCCGGCCUACGAGCCAGAGAACCCAGAGCACGCCGAGCUCAUGCGCCGCGUCAAGCCUCUGAUCGGCGCCGUCGGCACCCCAACCCAAGAGAGCCUGGAGAAGGCGCUCACCGACUCUGGGUUUGAGAUCGUGCGUUCGGAAAACGCCAGCAUCGACGGCCUGCAGGCCCCGCUGAUUGACACCGUUGAUGUCUACUUUCGCACCCUUCGCCAGGUCAUCCUCGGCCUCGUCAAACUCCACGUCCUGCCCCGCCACUUCAAGACACUGAUCAACCGGCUAUGUCUGGACGGACAGGCUUUCGUCAAGAUGGAUAACAUGCGUCUAGCUACUACCAGCUACAGCAUCAUUGCGCAGAAGCCCCGGGGAGUAUAG